GUUUUGAAUAAGCAUAAGCUAAUUAAGAUUGUUAUUUUCUAAUUAGCAAUUGUUAUUUUCUGAAAACAAUGGCAAACCAAGCAGAAUUUGCUCGUCGUUUGGCCAAGUUUCCCCCUUCUAUAUGGGGCACUACCUUUGCUUCCUUUUCGCUCAAAGAUUCGGAGAUUGAAUCGUAUACUAAUCAAGUCGAAAAACUUAAAGAAGAGGUGAAGGAUAUGCUCGUACAAUCGAAUAACCAAGGAGUAGUUCAGAAUAUCGAAUUCAUCAACUUGUUAUGCCGCCUCGGAGUGUCGCAUCAUUUUGAAUCUCUGAUUGAACAACACUUGAAUCUCAUCUUCACCUCACUCACUGAUUUUCUUGCCCACAAUGACUGUGACCUCUAUACUGUCGCGCUUAUAUUCCGAGUUUUAAGGCAACAUCGGCAAAAAGUUCCUUGCGAUGUAUUCAACAAAUUCAAGGGCGACAAUGGAGAGUUCAAGAAUGAUAUAGUAAGCGACGUGAAAGGCCUCCUGAGCCUGUACGAAGCAUCAGCUUUGAGUGUUCAUGGAGAAGACAUAUUAGACGAAGCUCUUGACUUUACAAAGCAGCACUUGGAGACAUUAUCUACACAAGUUAGCCCUCACUUUCAAAAUCAAAUUAGGAAUGCUCUGCUUUGCCCUGUCCAUUGUAGCAUGGAAAGAUUUCAAGCUUUGUUAUUUAUUUCCAUUUACCAAGAAGAUGACUCCAGAAUUGAAAUUCUGCUCAAGUUCGCCAAGUUGGAUUAUAACAGACUUCAACUAUUAUAUAGAGAGGAGCUAGCUGUUGUAUCGAGGUGGUGGGAGGUUUUGGAUCUUGCGGGCAAGCUAAAGUAUGCAAGAGACAGAAUUGUAGAGGUGUAUGUAUGGGCGUUGGGGUGUAUGGUGGACCCUAAAUUGGUAAAGUCUCGCGAGUUGGUUGCAAAAUAUACGCAACUGGCUAUGACGGUUGAUGAUACUUAUGAUGCCUACGGCACAAUAGAAGAAACGCGACUCUUCACUGCUGCAUUUGAGAGAUGUAAUAUUGAUAGCAUUGGAGAGCUACCAGAAUACAUGCAACAUCUUUACAAGGCUAUAUUAGGUCUUUUUGGAGAAACAGAGAAUGACGGAGCAUCUUAUAAAACAUUAUAUGCCAAGGAGAUGUUCAAGGAGCUGACUAGAGCUGACUUACAAGAGGGAGAAUGGUAUAAUAGUGGGUCUGUGCCCACAUUCGAUGAGUACCUAAACAAUGCAUUAAUCACAACGACUGGGGAGCUACUCACAUCGGCAUUCUUUCUUGGACUGGAAGAUGUCGGGAUGAAAGAAAUCAUUUGGGUUCGACAAGCUCCAACCAUUGUCAAGUCUACUAAGUUAUUUGUUCGACUUUUCGAUGAUAUUGCGUCCCACGUUGAUGAGCAAAACAGGGGAGAUUGUCCUUCAAGUGUGGAGUGCUAUAUGAAUGAAUUUGGGGUCUCACAAGAGAUUGCAUACGUAGAAAUCAAGAAAAUGAUUGCAAAUGCAUGGAAGGACAUUAAUGAAGAAUACAUGAAUCCAAGUCGUGUCUCUACCACUGUUCUCAAUUACUAUCUCAACUUCGCAAGAAUGGCGAAUUUUGUUUAUAAGAUUCGCGACGCUUACACGUAUUCCGUGCAUUUGCAAGUUUAUGUCUCCAAACUCUUCCUCGAACCGCUGCAAGUUUAAGAAUUGGUUUGUAUGACUGUGAGAAGAUAUUUCAUCUGACUUUGAAGAAUGUUUGUGUUUUCAGUUAUUUUGGAUGUUGAGUUUGAAUAAUGUUUGAUUGCUUUUCAGUUUUUUUAUUCAAGUUCUGAAUAUUUAUGAGUUUGGGUGUAUUUUGAACAAAUAUAUCUAAGGUUUGAAAUAUGGGAUUCUACGGCACAA